AAGGGAUUUUCUUCUAAUCGAUUUAGGGUUUUAGCAAGAAAUUGCAGAGAGAGAGAGAGAGAGAGAGAGAGAGAGGCCACUGUAAUCGAUCAAUCUCCAGAUUAAGAUUAGCAGCAUUUGAAUUCGGUUCUUGCGAAGAUGGCUCGGAAUGAAGAGAAGGCACAGUCCAUGCUCAACAGGUUUAUCACCAUGAAGAACGAAGAGAAGAAGAAGCCAAAAGAGCGACGUCCAUUCUUGGCUUCAGAGUGCCGUGACCUCGCCGAGGCAGACAAGUGGCGUCAGCAGAUCAUGCGCGAGAUCGGCCGCAAAGUCGCCGAGAUCCAGAACGAAGGCCUCGGCGAGCACCGCCUCCGAGACCUCAACGACGAGAUCAACAAACUCAUUCGCGAAAAAGGCCACUGGGAGCGCCGAAUCAUCGAGCUCGGCGGCCCCAAUUACACCAAAAACAGCUCCUCCGCCAAAAUGACCGACUUGGAAGGCAACAUUGUCGACGUCCCAAACCCUAGCGGCCGCGGUCCGGGCUACCGCUACUUCGGUGCGGCAAAGAAGUUGCCUGGAGUCAGAGAAUUGUUCGAGAAGCCUCCGGAGUUGCGGAAGCGGAGAACUAGGUAUGAUAUAUAUAAGAGGAUUGAUGCGAGUUAUUAUGGGUAUAGAGAUGACGAGGAUGGGAUAUUGGAGAAGCUGGAAGGGCCUGCGGAGGAGAAGAUGAGGGCGGAGGCAUUGGCAGAGUGGAAGGUGAUGGAGGAGAUUAAGAUUGAGGCGAGGAGGGCGGUGAAGAGCGGGGAGGUGGCUAUGGUGUCAUCGGCGGCGGCUGCUAAGAUAUUGUUUGAGGAGGAGGAGGAUGUGGUGGAGGAGGAGAGGAAGGCCAAGGAACUGGAGGAGAAGGAGAAAGAGAAGGAGUUUGUGGUUCACGUGCCGUUGCCGGAUGAGAAGGAGAUUGAGAGGAUGGUGGUUGAGAAGAAGAAAAUGGAGCUUUUGAGUAAGUAUAUGAGUGAAGAUCUUUUGGAGGAGCAGAUUGAAGCCAAAGCCAUGCUCAACAUUCAGCGGUAGAUUGGAUAGAUGCUGGUCAUCCAUGGCGGUGUGCAAUGUGCUCAAAUCAAAGCCUGCAAGUUCGAGUUGGUUGAAAGUGGUGAAAGUUGUCUGUUCUCUCAAUUGGCUCUUGAAAUUUUGCGUCCAGCGAAGCUAAUUGCAUGUGCCAAAGCCACAACUUGCAAAUGUCAGUUGGUUCAAGUCAGUGCUUUUUGUUUGUUUCCUGAGUUUUCUGUGUACGGUUUCCCCAUGUGCUGGAAAACUAGGGUGGUGGCUCAGUGUAGACAAUUAUGUAUGCAUACUGUGCGGUUCGUAUUUCACCAUGUUCAGGAAACCAGACAAUCUGGUAUGUAAUUUACUGUUUUAAAUGGUACAAACUGUUGAUUUGCAUUUUA